GCCCCGGCCCCGGCCCCGGCCCCCGCCCCGCGCCUGCCCCGCACCGGCCCCACUAACACCUGACCGCCCGCCGGAGCCACCGGAGACCUGGCGACCGUCUGCUUCGAUUCUCUGAAGAUGGCUGCACAGUCAGCACCGAAGGUCGUGCUAAAGAGCACCACCAAGAUGUCUCUGAACGAGCGCUUCACUAACAUGCUGAAGAACAAACAGCCGAUGCCGGUGAAUAUUCGGGCCACCAUGCAGCAGCAGCAGCUGGCCAGCGCCAGAAACAGACGCCUGGCCCAGCAGAUGGAGAACAGACCGUCUGUCCAGGCUGCUCUGAAGCUCAAACAGAAGAGCUUGAAGCAGCGUCUCGGGAAGAGCAACAUCCAGGCUCGGCUGGGCCGGCCGGCGGGAGCGCUGGCCCGGGGGGCCCUGGGGGGCCGGGGCCUGGCCCUGGGCCAGCGCGGAAUUCCACGGGGGACCCUGCGGGGCCGCGGUGCCCGGGCCAUGAUCCGAGGGGCUGCCACGCUCCGAGGUCAGGGGCUGCUCCGCGGUGGGAGGGGGAUCGCCCCCCGGAUGGGGCUGCGGAGAGGAGGGCUCAGGGGCCGCGGAGGGCCGGGAAGAGGCGGCCUGGGCCGAGGGGCCAUGGGCCGAGGGGGGCUCGGAGGCAGAGGUGAGUGUGCCCAGACCUCAGGGAUAACGGGAGUUCAGCUGCAGUCCCUUCUCCUGCUCAGGGUCGGGGGGUGGAACCUCCAGCCUCUAAAAUUCCAAGUCUGGAAUUUGAAAAGCUCAUUUAUCCAAGAGCUGGUUAUUUUUAACAAUAAAAUGGAGAAGGGGCUUGAAUUGGGUGGGAGAGGAAAACCUGGAGCCAGCUGUUGGAGGAGGGGUGGGGGCAGCCAGAUGUUAAGGUUGGGCUGGGACUGAGGAAUUCUUGGGAAGCUCCCAAUUCUUCAGCAGCUUUGAGCGGUAGCUCUUGGACUGACAAACACAGAGGGACUGGAGCAAGCUGGGCGUGUAUCCAUGGCUCCACCAUCUCUCUGGGCACCUGGAGGGCUGGGGUAGGGAAUCCAGAGUUGAGAAUUCCUUG